AUGACUCUUGAAAGUGAUGCCAUGGCUGGUGCCACUAUCGAGCUCCUCGAAGCGCGUCUGCGGCGCCUAGCGUACCUCCUAGGAGGAGUAACAGACUGGACGGGGGCCCCUACAGCACCCGAGAAACCCGCCUCUCACGACGAAACAGUGUCGCGCCGACUUGUUCGCCUAGAGCGGGAGCUGGAGAGACUGAGCCGCAAUGUUCCAGCUGUACGAGAUGUGAUCCAACUCCACGAUCGCUUCCCCGAGCUCUUCCAAACACCAAACCCUCAAUCCAUACCCGAAGGCCUCUCCCCACGCACAUUAGCCUCCAUCGUUCUCUCCUACGCAACCGCCUUCCCGGAAACAGCAUCACGUCUCACAUCUCUCAACGAUCUCCCCAUACCAGACCCACAAAGCUCCGCAACACUCAUCGAGCUUCAACCGCAGAUGGACCGCGUCGCGCAGACACAGAUCGAGCAGGCGGCAGCCAUAUCUGAACUACGCAUCCGCACCGCGCAGGUCUUGCAGCGAUGGUAUGAAGUUGGACUUGUGGGGAGUGGGGAGUGUUGGGCUGAAUGGGAGGGACGAUUGGAAGGCGUUGAGAGGGAGGUAAGGAGGAGAGAGGUGAUUAAGGAAAAGAGAGAGAAUGAAAUUUAG